CAGCCACUGCACUGUUCCCCGAAGUUUGAAGUGUCAUAGCCCAGUCGCACUUUCAUACCAGAAAAUAUAGGUUGUCUUGGCUCCAGAGGUGGGGACUCUCUGAUUUCUCUUUUCCUCCUGCACCUGCCAGAGGACUGAGGUGUGGAAUCAGAGACAGCGAGCUGACUAUGAUUUCUACGAGGGUGAUGGAUGUCAAGCUUCGGGAGGCUGCAGAAGGCCUUGGGGAGGACAGCACAGGAAAGAAGAAGUCUAAAUUCAAAACAUUUAAGAAGUUAUUUGGGAAGAAGAAGAGAAAAGAAUCACCGUCAUCCACGGGAGGCAGCGUCUGGAAACAGAGCCCUGUGAAGAGCGAGGUCAUCGCCACUGGGACGGGGCCGCUGGGCUACGACUCCGAGGAUGAGCUCGAGGACUCCAGGGGUGCCCUGGGCAGCCGGGCCCUCUCCCACGACAGUAUUUUCAUUCCUGAGUCGGGACAGGAUCCUGCGCGGCCCGUGAGGGUGUUUUCCCAGGAAAAUGUGUGUGACCGGAUUAAAGCUCUGCAGUUAAAAAUACAGUGUAACGUGAAAAUGGGGCCACCACCUCCAGGGGGCCUCCCAGUCAAACGAGGAGACGACACAGGCAUGAGCUCCGAGGACGAUGGGCUUCCCAGGAGCCCCCCAGAGAUAUCUCUGCUGCACGAAGUGGGUCCCAGCACGACCAUAAAGGUCUCCUUGGCCCCCUCGCCCCGGCCUCCGCCCCGGCUGCUGACCCCAGACCAUCUCUUCUGCAGGCAGAUGAGCGAGGCCAGCGUCCUGCCCAGGACCUCGCGCAGCAGCCUGGCCCCCGUGGCGGACUUUGAUCACCCUCCAGAGUUCUCGUCCUGCCUGGACAGUUCCGCGGCCAGGCACAAGCUGCUCGUGAAGCCGCGCAACCAGCGCUCCAGCCGGAUGAGGCGGCUGUCCUCGAGGGCACAGUCCGAGUCCCUGAGCUACCUGCUGGACCCUGACGAGGAGGACUACGAGGAGAAGCCCGUGCUCCGAGCUGGCUCCCGAGCGCAGGACAGAUGGUCGGGGCCAGUGUCACUGGGUGCCUUGCUACAGGCCGAGGGUCCCCGAGCCCGGCGGGCCCGCCUGCAGCACAGCCCUGCGCUUCGGGUCAGCGGCGACGAAGACAGCAUCCCCGGAGACCAGCCCCCUGGCAGCCCCGCCACCCCAGAACCCCCUGCCCCCCACUCAGACCCCACAGCUCUACAGGAAGGGACCCGGCACCCUCCUUCUGAACCCGACGCCCAAAGCCAGCCUCGGUCUCUUGGGAGCACCUGCCCUGCCGCGGGGGACAGCGGGGAUGCAGCUGGGAGUCGGUCACCUCCUUGCGCCCGGGAAGGACUCUGGCCACCCACUGGGCCUGAGGGGCUGGAGCCUGGGGUCCGGCUGGAGAGGGCCUGGAAGGCAGCUCCAGAGGCUCCCAGCCCACGCCCCACCAGGAGCUGCCUAAAGAACAGGGCUGCAACCCCGAGUCCCCGCGCCUCCUCCACAACCCCCGCGCCUCUGGAGGAGCCUAGCCUGAACAGUGAAGCCAGCCCCUUGGGGCCCCCAAAGAGUGAGCAGGCAGAGACCACGCUGGGGACCCCCAAGACUGAGCCGGUGGAGACCCCCCAGGGGAUCCCCAAGACUGAGCUGGUGGAGAUCCCCCAGGGGACCCUCAAAAUUGAGCAGAUGGAGUUGGCCCAGGAAACCCCAAAGAUUGAGCAAGUAGAGACACCCCCGGGGACUCCCAAGACUGAGCAGGUGAUCCCAAAGAUUGAGCAGGUGGAGAUCCCUGAGGUGACUCCUAAAACUGAGCAGAUGGAGACCUCUCAGGGGGCCCUCAAGACUGAGCAGGUAGAGUUGGCCCCAGAGACUCCAAAGAUCGAGCAAGUAGAGACACCCCCGGGGACCCUCAAGGCUGAGCCAGUGGAGAUCCCCCAGGGGACCCCCAUGACUGAGCAGGUGGAGACCCCCUGGGGAACUCCUAAGAUUGAGCAGGUGGAGACCCCUCAGGGGGCCCCCAAGACUGAGCCAGUGGAGACCCCCCAGGAGACUCCCAAGACUGAGCAGGUGGAGACCUCCUGGGGGACCCCCAAGACUGAGCAGGCAGAGUCACCCCAGGAGAUGCCCAAGACUGAGCAUAUCUCGACCCCCCAGGGAGUCCCCAAGACUGAGCAGAUGGAGACCCCCCAGGAGACGCUAAAAACUGAGCAUGUGUUGACCCCCCAGGGGACCCACAAGACUGAGCAGAUGGAGAUCCCCCAGGAAACCCCCAAGACUGAGUAUAUAGUGACUCCCCAGGAGACCCCCAAGACUAAGCAGAUGGAGACCCCCCAGGAGACACUCAAGACUGAGCAUGUGAUGACCCCGCAGGGGACCCUCAAGACUGAGCAGGUGGAGACCCCCCAAGGGGCCCCCAAGACUGAGCAGGUGGAGACCCCCCAAGGGGCCCCCAAGACUGAGCAGGUGGAGACCUUUCGGGAGACCCCCAAGAUUGAGCAAGUGGGGACCACUCGGGAGACCCCAAAUACUGAGCAGGUGGAGACCCUCAGGGAGACCCCCAAGACUGAGCAGGUGGAGACCCCCUGCGGGGCCCCCAAGACUGAGCAGUCAGAGACUUCCAAGACUGAGCAAGUGAGGUCCCCUAAGACUGAGCAGGUGGGGACCCCCCGGGGGACCCUCAAGACUGAGCAGGCGGAGACUUCCAAGACUGAGCAAGUGAGGUCUCCCAAGACUGAGCAGGCGGGGACCCCCCGGGGGGCCCCCAAGACUGAGCAGGCGGGGAUCCGACCGGAGGUGGACCCUGUGCGCCUGCAGGCGCGGGGCCCCUCGGGGUCAGGGCGGCUGGGCGGGCGGGAGACCCACGAGGCUGAGCCCCGUGCCCCCUUCCCUGUCAAGCUGCGGUCGGCGUCCGUGUCCCUGCGGCCCCGCGACGCGCCCCGGCGGCCCAGCAACGAGGGGAGGCCGGAGCGCGCGGGUCCCGCACUGCCCCUGAGGGACAGUAGGUGCGUCCGGGCCGGCGGUCAGAGACAGGCGGGCAAGGGCCGCCCCCCAGAGCCCCCCGCCGCCAAGCCGCCGCUGCCCCGCAAGCCGCUGCUGCAGACCCUCACCCUGGCGGCCCAGCCCUCGCCUCCCGACCCAGGCCCCAGGAGGGAGCCCCCGCGCCGCGGAACCGAGAAGGCUCCACCUUGUGCAGUAUCAGGACCAGGCACUGACAGCCAGCCCGCCCCACCCUGGAUCACCAUCAGUCGGCAGAAGCGAAGAGGGGCCCAGGACCUGCCAGCCGAGCUGGAGGACAGACCUGGGUCCAGGAGCCCGAGGUGCGAAGCAGGAAAGCAAGUUAAGGAGCCCGUGAAGCAAGCCGACUUUGUCCGCAGCAAGUCCUUCCUGAUCACUCCUGCUAAGCCCACCGGGGACCAGGACCGAGGCCAGGGGACAAAGAUCCGCCUCCAGGAGGGGCUGCAAAGAGGAAUCUCAUUGUCACAUCAGAACUUGGCUCAGGUUGCCAUGAUGUCGGAGAAAGAAUUGCAUCAGCUGAAGAGAGCCAGUUACACCAGCACAGAUCAGCCUUCCUGGAUGGAACUUGCCAGAAAGAAAUCUCAGGCUUGGAGUGACAUGCCCCAAAUUAUAAAAUAGUUUUGACUAUUGUGUUGAUAAAGGACAUUCACCGGAUUGAUGGUCACUUAUUUAAAACUGCCUCUAAGUCAAGGCAAACAAAUGAAGAAACUUAACAUUAUCAUCAAGGCAUAGGAGAGCCAGCUGGAGGAAGCAGACGGAACCAGGAAAACAAGGACAGACACACAGCCUCCAUACUGGACAAGGUUGCCCCCCAAACAAGAACAUCAUUGAAAAGAGCCAGGAACAAAAUCCCAUCAGUAAGUGUCUUUCAGAAUUCUGAUCAAGAAGCCUCAGAAGCAGGUGAAAGGUGCCUCCUACAGGUAGUAGCUGUGAAAACACAGGAGAAGUUGUUCCCGGUGACAUGUGUCCGAGCUUCCUCUGCAGAGCAACUCGUCUUGGUCAUUGUCUCACCUGUGGAGCCUGCCAUCUGCUUUCAUGUCUACUGUGAGGCACGACAUUCAGGGUUCAGCAGGGACGUGGGUCAAGAGCAGCAAGGAAGCGACGAUCUUCUCCUGAACAUGCCACUCCGGUGAGGCGUGGAAGGCCACAGCAGGGUUCAUCAAUUCAGAGACUGUGUCUCCAAAUAAUUUUUAAAAUUUUCCACUAGGCAUAUGUGUCUCUACCUAUUGCACAAUGCACUGCCUGUUCAAUAAAGGGUUUCAAACAUG